CACUCACUCUCCUUCCGCUCUCUGGUCUGCAGCAAGUGGUACAACUGGAGCCAGGGAUCAUCCACUGGAAGAGUCAAGACCAGCAGGAUCAUCAGGAAGCAGAAGUACCAAAUAUAACCUUCUAGAUAGAAGAAGAUAAUUAAAAAGAGCAUCAAAAUGAUUGCAAGGACUCUAAUCUACUGCCUGGUUGUAUCCUACCAAUGCAGCGUGCUCCUUUGCAGCCUCCUACCUAACAAGGACGAAGGACCUAUCAACGUCUAUUCCGGACACCAAGGAUUUGGCUAUACCGGAAAACGAUCGGCGGAAGUACCUGAAGAUCCUGAUUCGAAAGAGCGUCGCAGCAACAUGGGAUCUUCGUUCAUUAGAUUUGGUCGUAGCGGAGUUCAGGAUCUUGAGACAGGAUACGCAGGAUAUUCCGAUGAUGCCUUCAAGGCUCAACGUGCAGCUCGGGGUCGACCUGAGAACAUUAUUCGCUUCGGACGUUCAGGAUUGAAAUCACUGCGUGGCCGUAAGGCCGAAAGAGCUAGGAGAGUCCUUCACGCUGAUCUUCAGGAUCUCUGUGUCCUUCCGGAGGAUGAUCUUUACCUCGCAAGAAUCGUCAGCCUCUGUGACGCACUUCCCGAAGCUCUCGACGAUGCCACCGAGGUCCUUUAACUGCACGAACUUUAUACGAAGGAUUCUGAUCGUAUCCUCUGGACAGAGGACUCUUAUUUAUAUAUAUAUAUAUAUAUAUAUAUAGAGAGAGAGAGCAUUUGAAGUAACCGUCACUGUACAU